AUCAAACACAUUUAUUAACUCCGGUAAUAAAUCUAUCUUUCUCUCUCUCUUUCUCCCCCUCGUUGGAGAGAGCACCUUAUGCUGAUUCCUCUCCUUGUCUUGCUCAAAUCGUGAACCCAUCCAUCCUCCAAAAUUCCAGAUUUAGAUUUCUGGGUAUACGUCGAUCAUGGCGGUUGUUGAGAGUGGAGAUUCAGGAGCCGUGGUCCAGCCGACGUCUUCGCCCACAAGUCAAGAUUCCGAUGAUCAGAAGUCAAGGAUCGAGCUUGGGGAUGAGGAGGGCCUGUACAGCAAGAUCGGAUCCCAUCCCGAGGGGUCAGAUGGUGGGGAGAGCUACAAGCGUGAGAUGAGGGAGCUCCAGGAGCUUUUCUCGAAGCUCAAUCCCAUGGCUGCUGAGUUUGUUCCUCCCUCCCUCUCCAAACAAGCCAACGCUGGCUCCUUUUUCCCUGGCGCCGGAAAUGUCCCCCUUGAAGUCAACGCCUACGGUAACGACAACGGCGGUUUCCGACUGAAGAAGAGCUUUGGUCAAGGGAAACGGAGGAUGAAUGCUCGCACAAGCAUGGCUCAGCGAGAUGAUGUCAUCCGAAGAACCGUCUACGUCUCUGAUCUCGAUCAACAGGUCACUGAAGAGCAGCUUGCUGGUUUGUUUGUUAGCUGUGGACAGGUUGUUGAUUGCCGCAUAUGUGGUGACCCAAACUCAGUUCUUCGUUUUGCUUUCAUUGAAUUCACUGAUGAAGAGGGAGCGAUGACUGCUCUGAAUCUCUCUGGGACUAUGUUGGGAUUCUAUCCUGUGAAAGUCCUGCCCUCUAAAACAGCUAUUGCACCCGUUAACCCGACUUUCUUGCCCAGGACUGAAGAUGAGCGAGAGAUGUGUGCUAGAACUAUCUAUUGCACUAACAUUGACAAGAAGGUUACUCAAUCAGACGUGAAGAUCUUCUUCGAAUCCUUCUGUGGAGAGGUUCUCCGUCUGAGGCUCCUUGGCGAUUAUCAACACUCGACUCGUAUUGCUUUUGUAGAGUUCGUGAUGGUAAGCACAUUAUUUAUGCUUCCUACUCUCUCUGUAGACUUUCUUGAUGAGCGCUUAGUGCACAAAAUGAGUAUUACCUUUGUUUCUUUACAACAGGCAGAAAGCGCGAUAGCAGCUCUCAACUGCAGUGGAGUUGUUCUAGGCUCUUUACCGAUAAGGGUGAGUCCUUCAAAGACACCUGUUCGUCCCAGAUCACCCAGGCAUCCAAUGCAUUGAUCUUAGCGUUACACGUUUUCUCCACAUAUGUCUCUCUCUCUCUCUAUAUAUAUAUAUAUAUAUGUGUGUGUCUCGCUCUCUCUUGCGAAACAGUAUACAGACGUGUAAAGAUGUUUGUUUGCAUCUCUUUGUUUUGGGAAUGUAACUCUGGGAUCUGGUGAUGCUUCUUCCUUUUACCUUUUGUCUUGCCUUGAGAGUUUUCGAUGUCACUCUUUUAAUGUCAAAGAGCUUUGAACCAUAUCAAAGAGAACUCUUACUUUUCUUA